AUGGCUUCUCUACCGUACGGAAUCACAAAUCUAUGCAGAAAUCAGGAGGUUCUGUCGGCGACUGUUCGGAUUCGUCCGAUUGGGCGGCAAAUCACAGGAGGACCGAGGGCUGCGAAGAAAGUCUUAUUUAGAUUCGAGGGACAUGGAUUGUCAUCACCAUCAGUAGAAACGAGACAGAAUCAAAGAAUGAGGUGUAGUGUGAGCUCAAACACCACUGAAACCGAAGAAGAUUCUGCCACAAAAACCAAGAAGACUCCGUUUGGAUACACGAGAAAGGAUGUUCUGUUGAUAGGAGUGGGAGUGACUGCACUUGGUGUCGGCCUAGAGAGUGGGCUUGAGUAUGUGGGAGUAGAUCCGUUGCAAGCAGGGAACGCAGUGCAGCUAAUACUGGUGCUAGGCUUGACUUUGGGUUGGAUUUCGACUUAUAUCUUCAGAGUCGGUAACAAAGAGAUGACUUAUGCACAGCAACUUCGUGACUACGAGUCUCAAGUCAUGCAGAAACGGUUGGAGAGCUUAUCGGAAGCGGAGUUAGAGGCAUUGAUGGAACAGGUUGAUGAAGAGAAGAGACAGGUUUAA